CAAACGGCCCAUCAUCUUCCAUGAAUGAAAACUCAACAUGACCCCAACAGACAUGCAAUUUCUGUCAGUGUUGCACCCACCGCCAUAGCCACCGCUAUGCAUGUUGAAACGAAGUUAUGUCAAGUUUUUCCAUUGCGAAAGUUGCUUUAUGGUGCCAUUGAAGAUCUUUGAGCUUCAAACACUAUUGUUUCCCUAUUCUUCUUUAAUCAAUAUUCAGUUUUUAGGACAUCAUUUAGUUAUAGAAUACCUUUGCUUAGUUUCCAGAUUUUUCUAUACUGAAGUUUUUCGGAAUUGUAUAAUCAAAAUAAAUUAUUUUGGAGAACAGUAUAUAUGUUAAUUUGUAAAUAUGUAAAUUUUGAAAUGAAAGAAUCAUUCUGUGAGUGAGUUAUUUUACACUAAAACUAACUUUUACUUUUUGGCGGAUUUUCACUUUAAUCAUCUUUUUAUUUUUUUACAAGAUUCACUUCAACUAUCUUUGAACGGUAAAAAUGAGAAUUUACCUUUGGAUAAAAUUGGAAUUUCAUGUUUGUAUGGGGCUGAAAUUUGGUAGCAUAACAAUUGACUUGCAAUUCUGCGGCGAUUUACUCAGUUCAGUCACCAUCUUCAAAUUUCCAGAGCUCCUUACUGUAGAUCUCUGUUGUAACAACAAUGGCUCUAGCUUUAACUGUUGGAGUUUUCGGUGCUCUCGUUAUAUUUCACGCCGCUUAUUCCACCAUCCAGUAUAAGAGCUUGUUGAAGAUUACUGAAGAAGAGUUUUCAGCACCUCCUUUUAAUGUGGUGAUUGAGCUGUUUGUUGGAUUGGUGCUUUGUUUCUGGGCUGCGCUAACUGUGCCUGGGAAGUUUUUGUCCAUACACCCACAAUCUGAUGAAAACAGGAUUGUUUCUUUACCUGCCAACCUAGACUUCAUGAUCUUCAACCACCGAGGCAAAGUUUUUCCCCUGGAAACGGAUUUGAAGCUGAAACACUAAGAACUCUAGGUAUAUCAACUAUCAAGUGUCAUUAUCCCUCGUACGUGCAAGAAAAAUACUGUCUCAUAAUAUGAAAGAAUUUGAAUGUGUUUGAUAUAACUGUUGGUUGAUGUAUGAAAUUCUGUUGUAGGCUUAUGCUUAUCAUUAGUCAAUAUUGGCCACUUAACCUUGUAAUUUUGACAUGAUGUUAUUACUUGUACUAGUACUAUUUAUGAAGAGCCACCUUUCACUUUGACCAUA